AUGGCCAGCAUCGAAGCGAUGCUGACACAGCAAAGUGCGACGCUCGAGGAUUUACACGAUCGCAUCAACUCAGGUGCAGUGCCCCAAGCUACAAUUCAUGGUGUGCAAGAUACUGUAUCCACACUAGCUGAGAAUUUGCCGUCCACAUCGCAUUCUUCGGCACCUUGGACAAUGCAUUCUCAGACAUUGGGUCAUCUGCCCAGUGCUGUGGAUGUUGCAGUGUCCCCUUCUACCUCCAGAGACGAUAUUCCAGCAAUGACAAUACCCAGACAACAUUCUACCACGACGGAAAACCUGCUCAGUACUGGACCAGUGCGAGCUCUGCUAGGAGACUUUCCCCGCGGCAUGUUUUUAAAGACGGAAUCGGCUCGGAUCCUCCCCCAAAAUAUUCGCCUCGGGAAUCUGCACGUCACAGCGUUUCCAGAGAUAGACCGCGCCGAGACGGACUGCUUGGUUGAUUGCUUCUUCAGAUUGGCCCAUCGAGAAAUACCCAUCCUGGACCAGAACCACUUCUUGAGUUGCUACAGGCAAUUUCUAGAGCGAGACACUUGGGGCGACAUCGAUUCUGCUCUCUGCCUCAUGGUCCUUGCUGUUGGCGCUGUCGUACAGAACCCCCCCUCGACGUCGGUUCAAGGCGCAGAUAUUUCUAGCCCUGGGGGUGAGUACCUCUCUGCGGCCAUGAAGAUUUUGGUCCCAGACAUUAUGCAAAGCUUUUGGAGUACAAUAACUCUUCCGCAAGCGACGCUUCUUGCCGCAAAAUAUUUUGGUUAUCUGCUGCGUCCCUUACAGUCUUGGAGAUUUGUUCACCUCGCGUCCACGAAUGUUCAGAUUCUGUUGAAUUGGCCGCAGACACUGGAUGAAGACGAUGCUACAGCAGCCGCCCUCUCGCGACUGCGAGUCAGCCCCUGGCUAAUUUUUGACAGCGACCUUAUCGCAGAACAUCAUCUACCACGUAGUGGAAUUGAGCAUGUUGUUGAAAACAUGCCUCUACCCACUUUCCACACCUGGACACCCGAGGCGUCGAUGUUUUUAGCCGAGAUAUCUGCACGACGACUCUUUAAUCGAGUCCACCAUACCAUGUACGCAGAUUCGUCGGGGAGAUUUGGGAUGGUUGACCAUACAAUGCCUACGCAAGAUCACUUCCAAAGGCAGGAACUCAGACCCGCCAUUACAAAUCUGGCCACUGAAUUAGAUCAUCAACUGGAGACAUGGUUUGAUCUUCUGCCCCAGCAUAUCAAACCUGAUCUGGAGAGCGCAUCAUCAUGGACAUUCGAGCAUUUGAACAUUUUACACAGAUAUCAUACUGCCAAGGACAUCAUCUUUCGGCCGUUUGUCAUGUACACGUGCAAUCUCCCUACGAAGGGAACCAUUUCGACCGCAAUUCUCGAGCGGUGCAGCACAUGUGUGCAACACUGUUGUGCGUAUCUUUCCGUCUCAGAGAUGCUGCUUGCGCAAACAUCAUCAGUCAAGGAGAUCAUCUGCCACUCUGUCUUUGCUGCGACAGUGGUCUUAACGUUAAGCUCGCUUAACCAGAACCUGAGCUCGUUGGUAUCGGACGUCGAUGCUCUUCAAACAAGGGCCGUUUCUAUGCUACAGCGGGUGGCAUCAAAAGGUUCAGUGAUCGACCAACUGGUGGGGAUAUUGAAAGUCCUCCAAAUGAAAACACGAUUGUUGAAGGGGCAGGUCCAUAUGCAAACCCCAUAA